AUGAAAGUGAUAUGUCACGGUCGCUUCGACGUUCUCUCUGCUCCCCCGCGUCGGCAGGACUUGCCCAAUGACGGCAGACAGAAACUGCACGUUGUAGCUGCAGGACGGCUGCCGCUGGGAAAAUAUGCUCGAUCUGGAACUCGGUCUGAUGCACCCGUCUACGCCACUACGCGGGACCUAUAG